AGGAGAAUGUGCUCUGGCAACUAUUUGGACCUUUCGGUGCCGUCCAGAGCGUGAAAGUGAUACGCGACCUGCAGACGAACAAGUGCAAAGGCUACGGGUUCAUCACAAUGACGAAUUACGACGAGGCGGUGGUCGCCAUUCAGUCCCUGAACGGGUACACGCUUGGCAACAGAGUGCUGCAGGUCCGGAUGAAAUGGCGGCCGCUGAAUGGAGACGGAGCGCGCAAUAAUAAGUUAAGGAAGACGGGGAAAAUCGAUUCAGCUGGUCGCUCAGGGGCCGGAGAGGGCGGAGCCAGAGCCCCGGGCGCGGGAGCGAGACGGGAGAUGCCUCAGGCCGGUCGCCGAGCGUAG